AUGAACGCAAGACUCAUGAACGAUAAGAAGUAUCUCCAACGGGUACUCCGUCUCGCAGGGUAUCCUGUUGGAGCUAUUGACGGAAUUGUGGGGGAGAGAACAAAGGGGGCAAUCAGACGAUGGGAUGAGGACUGCGCCAACGCCAUUGUGACAUGGGGAGAAUUGGACAAACGCUCCGAGGAUAAUCUCUCCACCCUUGUCCCGUUCGCCCAGCUCGCCAUCCGUAAGUGGUUUUCCCAAAAAGUCAAGGCUUUCAUGGCAAAGCACAACGUGGAGGUCAAAGUCAUUUGUGGCACGCGAACGAUAGCGGAACAGGAUGCACUCUAUGCACAAGGACGCACGAAACCAGGAGCCAAAGUUACCAACGCACGUGGCGGGUCAAGUAUGCACAACUACGCCAUUGCAAUUGAUUUGGAGUCUUUGUCAAUGGGAAAUAUGAAGAGGGGGACAAAUGGUAUAAGCAGCUCCACUCCGAAUGUGGCAACCCCGAUGGUUUUGAGUGGGGCGGCGAAUGGAAAUCCAUUGUGGACACUCCGCAUUAUCAGGUUGCCAAAUUAUAUGAAAGAAUACCAAGUUUUCAAAGGCAGUUUUUAUGUGGCAACGAAUAAGUCCGAUGCCGACAUCACCAUCACCGACACCCGUACUGGGGUGACUCUUUGCACCGUUGCAACGGGCAGUCAGGCUCUUUUUGUGGCUAUCGGUUCUUUCGGCGGCGGGGGUGGUAAUACAAAGCCGUUGGAGGAAGAAAUUGAGAGGCUAAACGGGUCGUUUCUGAACAAGACCUACAAAUUGACAUCCUGA